AUGCCCAAAGACAAAGCUUCCGGUAGACAUAUUGUCAUCCUUGGAGGUGGUAUUAUAGGCUCAUCUAUCGCCUAUCAUAUUACUCUGCUAAAUAAAGAUCCAACACUAAAAGUUACGGUGGUGGAACAGACAAGUAUUGCCUGUGCUGCGUCAGGAAAAGCAGCUGGGUUUUUGGCUCGUGAAUGGUGUAAUGGGGGACCGCAAGAAGAUUUGGCUCACAAAAGUUUCGAGAUGCAUUGUGAACUUGCGAAGAAACUGGAUGGAAAAAAACGUUAUGAUUGGCGUGUUGUUGAUACUUUGUCAGUGUCUGCUUCGGUUAAAGCUGUUAGCAAUAAACCAACUCCUACAGAUUGGUUAAAAAGAGGUGUAAUAACGAAAUUCAAGGAGGUCGGCAAUACUCAAACGACUGCGCAACUUCAUCCUUUUAAGUUCACUCAAUUAUUAAUCCAAGAAGCCGAAUCGCGUGGUGCUAAUGUAUUGAUUGCUCGUGCAGAAGGUUUUAUUUUUGACGGAAAUAAAAUCGUGAGUGUUCGUUUAUCCAAUGGAAAUAUUCUUGACGCAGAUGAUGUGAUUAUCGCGAUGGGUCCAUGGAGUGGAAAAGCACUCAAUUGGCUUAUUAAAAAAAGUGGACGAUCUCAUUAUCUUCCGGACAUAACGGGUCAACGGGCACACAGUCUCAUAAUUCGCCCGCCUGUCUUACUAUCACCACACGUUUGUUUUAUCUCACUGAAUACAGGACGAAAAUUUGUCGAGCCAGAAAUUUAUCCACGACCAGAUGGUGAUGUUUACAUAUUUGGCGAAUUGGACGGCGGUGAACUUCCAGAAACUGCCAAUGAGUAUAUCCCAAGUGAGAUUGCGAUGCAAAAUCUAAAGAGUAAUAUUCACAUCUUGUCACCUGAUGUUCUUGGCGUGGCGCCAGUUGUCAAGGAACAAUGCUGUUUUAUGCCAAUACCCGAAGAUAAUCGACCGCUCAUAGGAAAAGUUCCAUGGUUAGAGGGAAUUUAUAUUGCAUCAGGGCAUUCUGUCUGGGGGAUAUUAAAUUCUACGGGUACAGGACUUGUAAUUGCAGAGAUGGUAUUGGAAGGACAAGCAAAAAGCAUUGAUGUGCGAAAAUUAAGCCCAAUGCGAUCCAAGGUCGUUUAUUACUAG